GUGAUGUAACACAACACAUCUAAGCAGAACUAAAGCUAACCUCACUGUCAGUUUGGACAGGUUUGGAUAAUUGGUGUUUAUAAGAUUUUGGAGCACACGUCAAGAGAAUCAUGUCGCGAGUACCAGAUGUCCCAGACAAUUCAGCUACGAGGGGGGAUAGACCUAUGUCUAUAGUGCGUCGUAUGGAGCAUGAAAGAGAGCGGACGCUGGGAAUGACAGACGAGGAACGGGCAUGGAGGAAAAAAUGGUUGGAUGCUCAGAAACUCGCGCCUGAGGAGCCAGUGUAUCCCAAGGGUUACUAUGAAGCGAUGUACAAUCCAAUCAGAAGAUUCUACAUGGCACCUAUGAACAAAUUCGAGAAUAUUUUGGCACCAGUUAUAGGUAAGUUUUCGGCGAAUGUAACACGGCACUUUAUAAGCAAAGUGGCAAUGUCUAUCGUUGUAUUUUAUGGUAUCUAUUAUUAUAUGAAAUACAACAGAAUGGACUGGACGAGAAACGGUGGAUGGAAAAUCUCAAUGUCCAGAAUGAAAAUGUACCCUGACACCAAGGACUUAAAUGUUUUAUACAAAACGAAGGGCAAUCAAUUCUACGUAAAUGAUUUCGAGAAAUCUCCUAUAUAAAUCUUAAAAAUACACCGUUUUCCUUGUAUAGUUGCUAUUUAAUUAACAUCGUUAAAUGUCAUUAAAGUAAC